AGCGGAUCGGUGUGCGGUCCCUGCCGGUCCGUCAAGUAGACGCCGCCGCCGCCGCUGCUGACGCCGCCGCCGCCGCUUUCAGUUCAGUGGCGUGGUCUUUGUCGCGAAUUGACUUUCUUUCCUCCCUCGUUUUGUUCCUGAUUUUUUUUUUUUUUCGGAUUCACCAUUAAAUCAGUCAACAUGGGCAAAAAGGAGGAGGAGGAGAUUAUCAGAAUUGCGAAGAAGAUGGAUAAAAUGGCGCAGAAGAAAAACGGGGCUGGAGCUUUGGACCUAUUGAAGGAGCUGCGCAGCGUCCCCAUGACUCUCGAGCUGCUUCAGUCUACCCGAAUUGGGAUGUCCGUUAACGCCAUCCGUAAGCAGAGCACAGACGAUGAGGUGACAUCUCUCGCCAAGUCCUUGAUCAAAUCGUGGAAGAAGCUGUUGGAUGAGCCCGGUGGUGGAGAAAAACCUUCAGAAGAAAAGAGGAAAGAACAAACGACGCCUGUUUCUCCGUCGCAGGGAAGCCCAGAGGCAAAAGAAGAAAGCAGCUCCAGCAGUAACUCCAGCAGCAAGAGCGAACCCACUGAAGUUACACCCAACACGUUAAUCAACACCUUUCCUCGUGCUCCCAGCACCUCUGACUCCAUCAGGCUCAAGUGCAGAGAGAUGAUAUCCAACGCUCUGCAAGCUGGAGAUGAUUAUAUUGCUAUCGGUGCCGAUUGUGAUGAGCUUGGAGCACAAGUCGAGGAAUGUAUAUUCCAAGAGUUUAAGAACACAGACAUGAAAUACAAGAACCGUGUGCGGAGCCGAAUCUCGAAUCUGAAGGACAUGAAGAACCCUAAUUUAAGGAGGACUGUGCUGUGCGGCAGUGUCACCCCUGAGCGGAUGGCUAAGAUGACUGCAGAGGAAAUGGCCAGUGAUGAGCUGAAGGAAAUGAGAAAGAAUUUGACCAAAGAGGCUGUCAGGGACCACCAGAUGGCUACUACCGGAGGCACGCAGACUGAUCUAUUCACCUGUGGCAAGUGCAAGGGGAAGUGCUGCACCUAUACACAGGUUCAAACUCGCAGUGCUGAUGAGCCAAUGACCACGUUUGUCUUCUGCAAUCAAUGUGGGAAUAGAUGGAAGUUCUGCUGAGUCUGCGGGCAUUUCCACGGUACUCGGACAAGUAGCAAAAUUCCUGGACCAGGUUCUGUCUCUCUGCAACAGAUUGGAGCUUUGCAUUCUGUGGUACAUGGUGUACAACAUGCCAUACAAAGAUGCCACUGCGGUUACCGUUUGAAUAAAUAUCCUGUUCAUAGAUUGAGGUCAUU